AUGGUCAUGUCUUCCCUGCUCGCCGUCGUCUUCGUCCUCCUCCUGCUGUUCGAGCCUGGCUCAUCUUCUCGCAGCAAUGUGUACAUUGUGUACAUGGGGGAGAGGCACCCGGAGCUGCCGCCGGAGCUGGUUCAGGAGGCGCACCACGGCAUGCUCGCCGCCGUUCUUGGCAGCGAGCAGGCGGCCAGGGACGCCAUCCUCUACAGCUACAGGCACAGCUUCUCCGGCUUCGCCGCCGUGCUCACGGACGGCCAGGCGGCGCGGCUCUCCGAUUGGCCUGGAGUUGUGCGUGUUGUCCGGAAUCAUGUUCUUGACCUGCAAACCACCAGGAGCUGGGAUUUCAUGGGGGUGAAUCCUUCGCCUUCUGGUAGUGGAGUCCUCUUGGAGAGCAGGUUUGGCGAGGAUUCCAUCAUCGGUGUGCUAGAUACAGGAAUCUGGCCGGAGUCGGCCAGUUUCAGGGACGACGGCAUCGGCGAGGUUCCACGGCGAUGGAAGGGGCGAUGUAUCGCCGGAGAAAAGUUCAAUAUCUCUAACUGCAACAGGAAAAUAAUAGGCGCGAAAUGGUACGUCAAAGGGUAUGAAGCUGAGUACGGCAAGAUGAACACCAGUGAUAUCUUCGAGUUCAUGUCGGCGAGAGACGCCGUUGGGCAUGGCACACACACGGCGUCCACGGCUGCCGGUGCUCUGGUAGCCAAUGCCAGCUUCAGGGGCCUUGCCAAUGGUGUAGCGAGGGGAGGGGCACAGAAGGCAAGGCUGGCCGUCUACAAAGUGUGCUGGGCUACUGGAGAUUGUAGUGCUGCAGACAUUCUUGCUGCUUUCGACGACGCAAUACACGACGGCGUCGAUGUGAUCUCGGUCUCCCUGGGACAAGCACCACCUCUCCCGGCUUAUGUUAAUGAUGUCUUGUCCAUUGGAUCCUUCCAUGCUGCCGCGAAAGGUGUCGUCGUCGUCUGUUCUGCAGGGAACUCCGGUCCUUAUUCAGAGACAGUGAUCAACUCGGCCCCAUGGAUUGUCACCGUUGCUGCGGGCACCAUUGAUCGGAUUUUCCUUGCAAAGAUCAGCCUUGGCAACAAUAGUACUUAUGUGGGUCAAACAUUGUAUUCUGGAAAGCAUCCUUCAAAAAGCAGACGUAUAGUCUAUGCUGAAGACAUUGCAUCUGAUAAUGCUGACAAUACUGAUGCAAGAAGCUGCACUGCAGGAUCUCUGAAUGCUACCCUAGUAAAAGGAAAUGUAGUUCUUUGCUUCCAAACACGAGCACAGAGAUCACCCUCAGUGGCAGUAGAGACUGUAAAAAAAGCCCGUGGUGUUGGAGUCAUCUUUGCGCAAUUCUUGACCAAGGAUAUAGCAUCUUCACUUGAUAUUCCUUGCAUUCAAGUGGAUUACCAAGUUGGAACAGCUGUACUUGCAUACACGACUAGCAUGAGAAACCCAGUGGCCCAAUUUAGCUUUCCAAAAACAAUUGUUGGAGAGCUGGUAGCACCAGAAGUAGCUUACUUCUCAUCUAGGGGCCCAAGUUCUCUGUCCCCAUCUAUCCUGAAGCCAGAUAUCGCCGCCCCAGGUGUAAACAUUCUGGCUGCAUGGUCACCUGCUGCUGCCAUAUCAUCAGCCAUUGGAUCUGUCAACUUCAAGAUCGAUUCAGGAACUUCAAUGUCAUGCCCACAUAUUUCAGGCAUUGUUGCCCUUCUCAAAGCAAUGCAUCCAAAUUGGAGCCCCGCUGCAGUAAAAUCAGCAUUGGUCACAACAGCCAAUGUUCGUGACGCAUAUGGGUUUGAAAUGGUAUCAGAGGCAGCACCCUACAAGGAGGCAAAUCCAUUUGAUCAUGGAGGUGGUCAUGUGGAUCCAAACAGAGCUGCGCACCCUGGCCUUGUGUACGACAUGGGACAAUCUGACUACAUGCACUUCCUUUGCUCAAUGGGGUAUAACAACUCAGCCAUCAGCUCCAUGACUCAACAGCAAACAACCUGUCAACAUACGCCAAAAUCGCAGUUGAACCUAAAUGUUCCAUCCAUCACCAUUCCUGAACUGAGGGGCAAAUUGACAGUGUCAAGAACAGUCACAAACGUCGGCCCUGCCUUGUCGAAUUACAGGGCUCGGGUGGAAGCUCCUCCAGGCGUGGACGUCACUGUGAGCCCCUCGCUUCUGACCUUCAACUCAACCAUCAGAAAGUUGCCAUUCAAGGUGACAUUCCAGGCCAAACUGAAGGUGCAAGGGCGGUACACCUUCGGGAGCCUGACAUGGGAGGACGGCACGCACACGGUGAGGAUCCCUUUAGUGGUUAGGAUAAUAAUUAGCAGGUUCUACGUCAAUGCGUGAACAAGCAAGUGACUACAUGUAUUCACCCAUCAUAAUGGGAUGAGAUGUAAGUUUAACUCGCUAAUUUGUCCUGAUUCUAAUGGCAUUGGUGAUUGGUUGGGGGUUUGUUCACGAGAAUUCUGCCAUGGUGAAAUAAAAUGCUAAUGUUGUUACACAGAAUUGGGCAAUUAGCAAGAGC